CAAGUGAAGAACAAAAACUAUGAAUUUGGAUCAGCUAAGUGUUCGUCUUUUCAAUUGUGUCACAGUUGAGCGUUUUGUUUUUAUAGAACUCAUCACUUAUUUGUUGAUUUGAAUCAACCAUCUUCAAGAACAACUCAAUAGGCUUGAUUAUGACUUGAAUUUGACCUCAAUGUCAUGAAAGCCUCAGCAUUAGGAAGUGGCUUUGUUCUCUUAGCUAACAGAGCCCUUAACUUCCAUCCAUUGUUUCAACGCUUCUUAUCUUUUUCUUAUGAUUUCCCAGUUGGUAGAAACAACCCUCAAACCAUUGCCGCUGCUCUUUCUCUAUCUGAAAAUGUAAAAUCAUUCAUUUUUGGUGCUCAAAUACAUGGUCAUAUCUGUAAGUUGGGGUUCACUUAUGAUACUUUUUCCAUGAAUAAUCUGGUUAAGAUGUACUGCAAAUGCGGGUUUAUGUGUGAAGGACUCAAGGUGUUUGAAGAAAUGCCACACAGAAAUGUAGUAUCUUGGAGUUUGAUCAUUUCGGGUGCGGCUGAGAAUGGAGAGUUUGAAGUUUGCUUGGAGACUUUUUUGGACAUGAUGAGGGAUGGGUUGGUGCCUAAUGAGUUCACUCUUGGUAGUGUGAUGAAGGCGUGUGCGGAUAUUGGAGCCUGUCGAUUUGGUUCGAGUGUUCAUUGUCUUUCUUGGAAACUUGGGAUAGAACAGAAUGUCUUUGUUGGUGGUUCAACUUUGAGCAUGUAUGCAAGGCUUGGGGAUAUUACUUCAGCUAAGUUGGUUUUUGAAUGGAUGGAUAAAGUAGAUGUUGGUUGCUGGAAUGCCAUGAUUGGAGGCUAUACUAACUGUGGCCAUGGCUUGGAAGCUCUGAAUGCUGUAUCUUUGUUGGUUAGCAAGGGUAUAAAGAUGGACAAGUUCACCAUUGUUAGUGCUAUCAAAGCAUGCUCAAUAAUUCAGGAUUUGGAUUCCGGAAAAGAACUUCAUGGAUUCAUCCUUCGACAUCGAUUAACAUCUACCGAGGCAAUGAACGCUCUCAUCGAUAUGUACUUCAUAAAUGGCAGGAAGAACUCUGCUUUGAAAACCUUUAACAGUAUGCAAAGCAGAGACAUUAUAUCAUGGAAUACAGUAUUUGGAGGCCUCUCCGACGAAAACGAUGCGAAAGAAACCAUGGACUUGUUUGGCAAGUUCAUGCUAGAGGGCAUGAAGCCUAACCAUAUCACUUUCUCAAGCUUAUUUCGGGUAUGUGGAGUACUACUUGAUUGUAAACUUGGGUUUCAAUUCUUUUCUCUUGCAGUUCAUUUGGGUUUUCUUGAUGAAUCUAGUGUUGUGAGCUCAAUGCUUAGUAUGUUUGCUCAAUGUGGGUUAAUGGAGAUGGUACUCUCAGUAUUUGACUCUCUAGUUUUCAAGCCUAUAUCUGCUUGGAAUCAGCUAAUCCUGGCAUACAAUUUGAACUCUCUCGACAUGGAAGCCUUGAGGACCUUUUCCAGUCUAGGUGUGGAAGCCAACGAAUAUACGCACUCCAUCAUUAUAGAGACUGCCUGCAAAUCUGAGAACCCAUGGCUAUGCAGACAGCUUCACUGUGCUUCAUUGAAGGCUGGUUUUGGUUCUAACAGGUAUGUUUCAUGUUCAUUGAUGAAAUGUUAUAUCAUUAUAGGAUUCCUCGAAAGUUCAUUUGAGAUCUUUAAUGAACUUGAGAGUGUAGAUAUGGCGACCUGGGGAGCUGUGAUAUCUGCCUUGGUGCACCAAAAUCAUACAUAUGAAGCCUUUAUGUUUCUGAAUGUUCUAAUGGAAUCUGAUGAGAAGCCUGAUGAGUUUAUUCUCAGCAGCAUAUUGAAUGGCUGUUCUAGCAGUGCAGCUUAUCACCAAACGAAGGCUAUCCAUUCACUUGCAGAAAAGAUGGGAUUUGGGCUCCAUGUGCAUGUCGCUAGUGCCAUUAUAGAUGCCUAUGCAAAAUGUGGCGACAUAGGAAGUGCACAGCGAGCAUUUGAGAAGUCAGGUGAGUCCAAUGACAUUAUUGUUUAUAACUCUAUGAUCAUGGCUUAUGCUCAUCAUGGUCUUGCUUGGCAAGCGAUCCAAGUUUUUGAGAAAAUGAGGAAUGCUAAUCUACAGCCUAGUCAAGCCACAUUUGCCUCAGUUAUUUCAGCCUGUGCUCACUUUGGUCUUAUAGAACAAGGUCAUUCUCUGUUUCGAACUAUGAAGUCGGAGUAUAAUAUCACACCGUCUCGUGAUAACUAUGGUUGCUUAGUCGAUAUGCUGUCGAGGAAUGGAUUCCUUUACGACGCUCGAUAUGUAAUUGAGUCGAUGCCGUUUUCACCUUGGCCUGCCAUAUUGAGAUCUUUGCUUAGUGGAUGUAGGAUCUAUGGGAAUAGAGAAUUGGGGCAAUGGACUGCUGAGAAGUUGCUUUCAUUGGCUCCCCAGAAUGAUGCAGCCUUUGUGUUGUUGUCAAAGGUGUAUUCUGAAGGGAAUAGUUGGGAAGAUGCUGCAAAGAUAAGAAAGGGGAUGACAGAUAGAGAGGUUCUGAAAGACCCAGGCUAUAGCAGGGUUGAGACAUAAGAAAAAGGAAAUGGAAUCGUCUUUUCUACGUUUGAAUCCCGAACUAUAUGUGAGAUCCCACAUUGGUUGGAGAGGGAAACGAAACAUUCUUUUUAUAAAGGUGUGAAAACCUCUCCCUAGAAAAUAUGUUUUAAAACCUUUAGAGGAAGCUCAUAAGGGAAAGCUCGAAGAAGAUAUCUGCUAGCGGUGGGCUUGGGCUGAUACUCUGUAUCCGCUGAAACCUUCAUGAGUUUUUAGGGAAAAAUAUCACUGCGUUCUUGGGAGAUUUUGAAACUUAAUGUUCCGACGUGGAAAAAAACUCACUUAAAAUUCUCAUGUGAAACCUCGACAUGCUUUUCACUUGCAUUCGUGGUAAAAAUC